GUCUAACCGCGAUGCUGUGGGCUGUGGCCGGCGACCGUGGGCUCCGGUGCGCGCGCUGGCUCCCUCGGGCGGCGGGCUGGGACCUGAGGCCGGCCGCGGCCGGUGCUGAAGGCUCUGCAGUUUGCCCUCAGCGCUUAGAACGAUCUCAUUUCACUGAUAAGAACGGUUGAUCCGGAACACGGGAGGGAGGGUAAAUAAACCUUGUAAAUUAGGUUGGAUGCCAGCUGUGUGCACGCCCACAGAGAGGCAAAAAGACGUAGUAAAAAAACAUGCACACCACCAUAAUUAGGUUCUGGGCUUUCAAAGGCUUGACACUAUGCUGACAACUAAAGGAAGAAUGUGUAUCAUUCACUUGGGGUCUGAACUGCUACUGGAGCGUGGGAUAAAAAAAGAGACUCCUGUUCCAGCUGAAUCGAAGCCUCCCCGAGAAAUAUUUUGAGGACUGUUAAAAUACAUGCAUUGGAUCAAUACAUGAAUUGGAUCAAUUCUGCAACCCUAAGAAGAUUGGAUUUUUGGCCAAAGUCAGUAUCUUGGACUAUAGUUAAUUUAUCAAGCAUGCUGAUCCCAUUUUCAAUGAAGAAUUGCUUCCAGUUACUUUGUAACAGCAAGAUCCCAGCAGCUGGCUUUAAAAACACAGUAAAAAGUGGGCUCAUUCUACAGUCGAUUUCCAAUGAUGUUUAUCAAAAUCUGGCUGUAGAAGACUGGAUCCAUGACCAUGUGAAUCUAGAAGGCAAACCAAUUCUUUUCUUUUGGAGAAAUUCCCCCUCUGUUGUAAUUGGUAGGCAUCAAAAUCCUUGGCAGGAAUGUAACCUGAAUCUAAUGAGAGAAGAAAGCAUAAAACUGGCUCGGAGAAAAAGUGGAGGAGGAACGGUCUACCAUGAUCUGGGUAAUAUCAACUUGACUUUCUUUACAACCAAAAACAAGUAUGAUAGAAUGCAAAAUCUGAAAUUAGUUGUGAGAGCUCUGAAUGCUGUCCAACCCCAGCUGGAUGUGCAAGCUACCAAAAGAUUUGACCUUUUACUUGAUGGACAGUUUAAAAUCUCAGGAACAGCCUCUAAGAUUGGCAGGACAACUGCUUAUCACCAUUGCACUUUAUUAUGUAGUACUGAUGGGACCUUCUUAUCUUCUUUGCUAAGGAGCCCUUACCAAGGAAUCAAGACCAAUGCCACUGCCAGCAUACCUUCCUUAGUAAAAAAUCUUUUGGAAAAAGAUCCCACUCUGACCUGUGAAGUACUGAUGAAUGCUAUUGCUGCAGAGUAUGCUGCUUAUCAUCAAAUUGAUAAUCACGUUAACCUAAUAAACCCAACAGAUGAGACACUGUUUCCUGGAAUAAAUAGCAAAGCCAAAGAACUACAAACUUGGGAGUGGAUAUAUGGCAAAACUCCAAAGUUCAGUGUUAAUACUUCCUUCCAUGUGUUACACGAACAGUCACACUUGGAAAUUAAAGUAUUCAUAGACAUAAAGAAUGGAAGAAUUGAAAUCUGUAACAUUGAAGCACCUGAUCAUUGGUUGCCGCUGGAAAUACGUGACAAAUUAAAUUCAAGUCUUAUUGGCAGUAAGUUUUGCCCAACUGAAGCUACCAUGCUAACAAAUAUAUUACUUAGAACAUGUCCACAAGACCAUGAACUACACAGUAAAUGGAAUAUUCUCUGUGAAAAAAUUAAGGGAAUAAUGUGAUUCCAAGUAAAUUUCUCAAUACAGUUUCAAUUAGAAAAUAAAAUUUCUCAUACAUGUACAUUGUAUGUC